AUGACUUCACAUGAUGUUGAAGGAAAGCAGACACAAAGUUAUCAAUUUGCGGUGAGAACCGCUAAUCGCAUCAUAUCGAGAUCAACUGCUGUGAUCACUGAUCAAUGUAUAGUGACGACAAAUAAACUCGAAUAUCCUAUGCAAAUACCGUCAGAUUGCAUCCCAAACAUGGCUCAUGUAAAAAAUGUGCAAAGCAGACAUUCGAAGAAGGAAGAGAAUCGCAGGGAGUUUGAAAUCGAACACAGAGUAAUUUUGAUUCAAUUUGCAGUAAAGCACGAACUUAAAUUCGAUGACAAUCAAAAUCAAUUCUUCAUCACCCUCUUCACCUCUUUAAAGCUUAUCAAAUCUCAUCAAAUUAUGUUGAGGAGAAAGUGA